UGGGGAGGGGGGGAGGAGCAAGGCUCAGGGUGGGAAUGGCGGCUCAGAUUCCCAUUGUGGCCACCACGUCCACUCCGGGGAUAGCCCGGAACAGCAAGAAGAGGCCGGCCAGUCCUUCCCACAACGGCAGCAGCGCCGGGGGCUACAGCGCCAGCAAGAAGAAAAAGGCGUCCGCCUCCGGCUUUACGCAGGGUAUCAGCAUGGAUGGUGUGAGUGAGAAUAAGAUGGUGCCCUCUGAUUUUAGCACAGGACCCAUGGAGAAAGCUGCCAAACCUUUGCCAUUUAAGGAUCCCAACUUUGUGCAUUCUGGCCAUGGUGGUGCAGUGGCUGGCAAGAAGAACAGAACCUGGAAGAACCUGAAACAGAUCCUGGCUGCUGAAAGGGCAUUGCCAUGGCAACUGAAUGAUCCCAACUACUUCAGUAUUGAUGCUCCUCCAUCCUUUAAACCAGCGAAGAAGUAUUCUGAUGUUUCAGGUCUUCUUGCCAACUACACGGACCCACAGAGCAAGCUGCGCUUCAGCACCAUCGAAGAGUUCUCCUACAUUCGACGGCUGCCAUCCGACGUGGUCACGGGCUACCUGGCCCUGAGGAAAGCCACAAGCAUCGUUCCCUGAGCCUGGAGAAAUGGAGAUGAGGUGGAAAACCGUUUCCCAAGGCAGACUUUGGGCUCAAGAUUUUGUUUUAUGGAAACAAACUCCUGCUGUCAAUCUGGAAAUGUCAGUGCUGUGCCUUGGAAAGAAUGUUUGGCUUUCAUUGAAGGAGGUUUUUUUUUUUUUUUUCUGUUUUCCCUCCAAGUGUGAUAUUUCCUGUUGAAUUAAAUUAUACUUCAGUUGUUGCCUCAAAUAAAGUUGUUUGACAAGAAA